CUCCAUGUCUUCUCCAGAACAUCGUCAUCAACAUCAACAACAGGUCACUGCUACCUGCAUCUGAUUCUGAAUCAGUAAAUACCCAGUAAAUACUGUUUUCAUCUCCUACAAAUGGACAACGCCGGGGUGAAAAGAGGAAUUGUGAUAAAAGAUGACUGGCCAGGAUACAGUUUGAACUUGUUCACUUACCCUGAACACUACCAUGAAGACAUAGAGAGUGUUUACAUUCCUCAUGGGGUAAUCAUGAACAGGGUGGAGCGUCUGGCCCGCUACGUUAUGGACGACUUCGGUGACAACAACAUAAUGGUGCUGUGCGUCUUGAAGGGAGGCUACAAGUUCUGUGCAGACCUGGUGGAGUUCAUCAAGGUCCUCGGACGCAACUCCAACAAGUACCUGGAGACUCGGGUGGAGUUCAUCCGUCUGAAGAGCUACCUGAAUGACCAAUCAACAGAGGAGCUGCACAUCAUAGGAAGCCGAGAUCUGUCAUUCCUGCGUGGAAAGUGUGUUCUCAUUGUUGAGGCCAUCGUUGACACAGGAAAGACCAUGAAGGCCCUUCUGAAGCAUGUGGAGACCUUUGAACCCAAGAUGGUCAAGGUCGCAGGUCUGUUGGUGAAGAGGGUCCCGAACAUGGCUGAAGGUCUAACAGACUAUGUUGGAUUUGAAAUCCCCAACCACUUCGUUGUUGGCUAUGCUUUGGACUACAAUGAAUACUUCCGUGACCUGAAUCAUAUCUGUGUCAUCAGCAAGACUGGGAAGAUGAAGUACAAGGUUUGAGAUAUGAUGCAAAGUUUUUAUGAACAGCACAAAACUAAUUUCUGUAACAGUCAGCCAAUGCUUUACUUCAGUGUUUUUAUAUACAUGUAACUUUUUUUAAACUUUUGUAAGUGCUUUAAAUUGAAAGAACAUUAUUCCUCUCAAAGCAGGCAAUCGUAACCAUCCAAAAUGUCUUUAUAAAAUGCCUUUCA